GCGCCUGCGCAGUGGGCAGUCGGAGGGAGCGAACCGAGCAGGUAGUCAGAAGGAAAACAUCGCUCAACCUGUCGCUUGGGCGCAUGCGCGGUGAAGUAAUCGAGGUGGAGUUAGGUCGACGCAGGCGCAGACGGGUCGAAGCUAGCAGAAAGGGAUAAACGACGGUGUCGACAGCUGUGGCGGUUGGAAGCCGCGGUGUGUCUUCAGAAGCACUGUGAAAUAAGGAUCCUCCCUCAAGGCAUUGAACCGCUUUCUUUAGAAGGCUGUGGAGGCAUACAGUCUUUGAGACGCAUCUCUUCCUUCUCCCUCAGUGUUCAAAGCAGUACACAUCGGCCCCAUAGAUCAUAACAUUAGCUUCUUAGGGUUAACUACAAUAUAUGGCUGAGAUGAGGAGGUCGCUUUUUUCCCACAUGUGGGAGGAGGAAGAAUGCUUAGAGUAUUAUGGGAUGGUUUCCUUGCACCGCAUGUUUGAGGUGAUCGGUUCCCAGCUCACAGAGAACGACAUGGAUGUGCUCUCUUUCCUUCUGGAUGAGACCCAACCUUGGACCCACCCGCUGGAUCCUGCCCUUUGGGCUGUGGCAGCAGCAGAGGAAGGUGGUGCAGAAGUCACCUCACCUGUGCUAGAAAAUUGGAAGAGGAAGAAUCUUUGUGUGUGUGCGUCAAGCAAGACUGACGAUAAUCUGGAGAUUGCUUCCAAUAGACAGCAGCCCAAGAAUGGUGUUGAGCUGCUCCUGGAGUUGGAAAGGAGGGGGAGGUGUGAUGAAACCAACUUUGUCCAGUUGCUGCAGCUCCUGAGGGUGCUGACAAGGCAUGAUCUGCUGCCAUACGUCACUCUGAAAAGGCAGCGUACAGUUUCUCCUGAGAGGUAUACCUAUGGACCAUCUGUCAUAUCAUCCGACCAGCAGGUGGACAACUGUCUCAAUUCAGCCUCUGCAGACACUCAGCACGAUCAAUGGGAGACAGGCUCCAAUUCCAGCAAAAGGAAGCGAGUAAGCAGAGGCCGGGCAAAGGCUGCUGCUCCCUGUAGGCGGCAGAGAGCUAAAGCAGCUUCUGCUCCAAAGCAGGAAGUCCCAAUGCCCACCAAAGUGACCUGUGACAUCAGACUCCGCGUUCGUGCAGAGUACUGUGAGCAUGAACCCAUCUUGCGUCAAAAUGUGGUGUCGAACAAGCAGAACCGGUUAGAGCGGCAGUUUGAUGUCUUUGGACAGUCCAACACCAUCCUCAAAUCGCGCGACCUGGGUUCCAUCAUCUGCGACAUCAAGUUCUCGGAGUUGUCCUACCUGGAUGCCUUCUGGAGCGAUUAUAUGAAUGGCUCACUGCUGGAGGCGCUGAAGGGGGUCUUCAUCACAGACUCGCUCAAAGAAGCGGUGGGCCAGGAGGCUAUUCGGCUGCUGGUCAAUGUGGAUGAGGACGAUUAUGAGGAGGGACGCCGUCUCUUGCUGGAGAACGUGACUCCCCAGGCCUGGUGAUCUUAUCUCUGGGAAACACAGGACAUGCCAUUCCGAUUACCGCACUGACUGCGGACUGGAGAAGACAUGACUUUAGAGAAGGAACCUUUAUCUGGUUGUGGAUCAAGGCUGGAUCUUGGCAUCAACAGGCCCCGCGGAGUUGUUGUGUGCCACAGCUGGUCAUAUUGUGAUUAAAGCACUGGAAUAACAGGGCUGAUCUUAAGAGGUAGUAGGGCUUGGGCAGAGGCACCCCGUAAAGUGAUUCUUCUCCCUCUGAACCAAAUGGGACACUCUGUGCAGAAGUACUUGUCCAAGGAACUAUGAAAAAGGCACAAACCGGAGUGUAUAUCUUGCCCACUAAUAGUGUUUGAUUUCUCCCUUCCCCAAGGUGGAGAGCAGCCUCGACUUGCAAGCAUACUUUUGUGAAGGGUGGCGAGUGAGGCCUGUUGUUUCUGACUGCUUUGCAGGAAGAGAAAUCACCUUCUCUCAGUCUGUUGCUAGGGGCUGGAUUUACCAUCUCUAAGUUAAUCAUACAGAGAUGGCUCUGAUGGUUGUAAACAAUUGAAGCUUCAGUUACUUUCUUAAGGGAUACUUUCAGUUGUCUGUGGGUAUUUGUACAUAGUAUAAAUAAUAAGAGUUUUUCUUAAAAAAAAACAUAAGCAGUACACACAGCAUCUCCCAUAGAGGAAUCUAUUUCGUGGCGCUUGGGAGGAAAGCCGAAACCUGUAAUUUAAUUUUUUUUCUACAGAACAAAGGAAUUUUUGACGUUCUUGUACUGUAUUUGCAAAUGGCAGAUAUUAAUAAAGAGAGUUUGCAAUU